AUGCCCUCCCCCAGAAGGUUCCUGGUGGCAUCCACCUCGCUGCCCCUGGCGCUGGGCUGGGGCUGGAACCUGAGCCUGUACGUGGGGAUGCUCCUGGCUCUCCUGCUGCUCAUGCUGCUCCUGCUCUGGGUGCUCCUCAAGCAGCUCAGGAACUCAGCUUACAGAGGCAGCGUCAAACCUUUUGUCAACUUCAACGCCAAGCACGAUGCCGAGGUUCUCCACAGAGCCAUGAAAGGAAUUGGCACGGAUGAAGAUGCCAUCCUCAUGCUUCUGACCUCACGCAGCAACGAUCAACGGCAGCAAAUUAAGGCGGCUUACAAGAAGAGCUACGGAAAGGAGUUGGUCAGUGCGCUGAAGUCGGAGCUGGGCGGGCUGUUUGAGGAUCUGAUCGUGGCCUUGAUGACCCCGCCUGUGUCCUACGAUGCUGCCCAGCUGCGCAAAGCUCUGAAGGGCGCUGGGACCGACGACCAGGUGCUGAUCGAGAUCCUGGCCUCCAGGACCAGUGAGCAGCUCAAGGAGAUCAUCAAAGUCUACAAGAAAGACUGCGGUGGGAAGCUUGAGAAAGAUAUCUGCGGUGACACGUCGGGGCAUUAUAGGGAUCUGCUGGUGAUGCUCCUCCAGGGUAAAAAGAAGGAGGGCGUAGACGAGGGGAUGAUUGAGAAAGACGCCAAGGACUUGUAUGCUGCCGGUGAGGGCAAGUUGGGCACAGAUGAAGCAAAAUUCGUCACAAUUCUUGGCAGCAGGAGCGCCGAGCAUCUCAGGGAAGUGUUUGCUGCCUACAAGAAGCUGUCCGGCUCUGAUAUAGAGGACAGCGUUAAAGGCGAGACCACUGGGAACUUGGAGAGCUUAAUGGUGGCUGUUGUGAAGUGUGCCAGGAGUGUCCCGACGUUUUUUGCAGAGGCUCUUUAUGGCUCUAUGAGGCGCGCUGGGACUGAUGACGACACCCUGAUGAGGAUCAUGGUGUCCCGGAGCGAGGUGGACAUGCUGGACAUCAGAGCCUGCUUCAAAAAGUUAUAUGGCGCCUCCCUUUACACCACUAUUCAGGAGGAUACGAAGGGAGACUACUGCAAAGCUUUGCUCUACCUCUGUGGCGGAAAUGAUUAA